GGUUCUUUUCUGCCUGCAUUGCAUCUGUGAGUACACAUCCAGUGGAGUAGUUCAGGGUUGUGAAGGGGCUAGUAUGUGCCCCCCAUUCCUUGAAUCAGACUUUGGAGCCACCAGUUACCCACUGUGAUGUGUUUAAAGAAUUUUUUGCAGACAAAAACUCUCAGAUUCGGGCUGACUUAGAUGGAGACUCCACAAUUAAGUUGAUGUCUGAACUGGAGGUGUCCAGCAAUUCCUCUUAUACGGUUUGAUUGGAUUGGUUUCAAUUUGUGACUCCUGAGGACGCGGACAAGCUGCUAAGAAUGGAUGGAGAAAAUGUACCCACUGAAGAAAUUGCAGAGGACCCUGUUCCUUCUACAUCUGGACAAGGAUCAUCCACUGAACCUCAACAUCAUAGUGAACCUGAAGAAGAGACAUCCGAUGGGGUCAGUAAAUCUGUUCAUAGAGUUUUUGCUUCCAUGAUGGGUGAGAAUGAAGAGGAGGAGGAAGAAGAGGAAGAAGAAGAAGAGGAAGAAACCUCUGAACAACCUACUGCAGGAGAUGUUUUUGCUCUGGAGAUGGUACUUAACAGAGAGACUAAGAAGAUGAUGAAGGAGAAACGUCCUCGCAGCAAAUUGCCUCGUGCCCUGAGAGGCCUCAUGGGUGAAGCCAACAUUAGGUUUGCUAGAGGAGAACAUGAAGAGGCUAUUCUAAUGUGCAUGGAAAUCAUAAGGCAAGCUCCUCUUGCUUAUGAGCCAUUCUCAACUCUUGCCAUGAUUUACGAAGACCAAGGAGACAUGGAGAAAUCUUUGCAGUUUGAGCUGAUUGCUGCUCACUUAAACCCCAGUGAUACUGAGGAGUGGGUUAGACUAGCAGAAAUGUCACUUGAGCAGGACAAUAUCAAACAGGCUAUUUUCUGCUAUGCAAAAGCUCUGAAGUAUGAUCCCACUAAUGUGCGUUACCUGUGGGAGAGAUCAAGUCUCUAUGAGCAGCUUGGUGAACAUAAACUGGCAAUGGAUGGCUACAGGCGCAUUUUAAACCUUCUGACCCCUUUUGAUGGAGAUCGCUUUAUGCAUUUGGCUAGAGAUAUGGCAAAGAGUUAUUAUGAGGCCAAUGAUAUCACUGCUGCUAUCGAGAUCAUGGAAGAAGCCUUCAGUAAACACCAGAGCCUUGUAUCUAUGGAGGAUGUGAAUAUAGCUGCUGAGCUAUAUAUUUCUAACAAGCAGUAUGAUAAGGCAUUGGCAGUUAUUACAGAUUUUUCAGGAAUUGUACUUGAAAAAAGAGAAACGGAAAGUGAUUCUUCUGCAGAGAAUAAAGAGGCAGUAGAAAUGCAGAAGAGUCAAGACGUAAUGGCUGACAACCAAGCUCUCACACCUGAAACAAGUUCUACUUCUUCAGAAAAGGUUACCUGCUCUAUACCAGAUGGCGUUCCCAUAGAUAUUACUGUAAAACUUAUGGUGUGCUUGGUUCACCUGAACAUCUUGGAGCCUCUCAAUCUUCUGCUGACCACUUUAGUGGAGCAAAAUCCUGAAGAUAUGGGAGACUUGUACCUCGAUGUUGCAGAAGCCUUUCUUGAUGUUGGAGAGUAUAAUUCUGCACUCCCUCUCUUGAGUUCCCUGGUGUGCUCGGAAAGAUACAAUUUAGCUGUUGUUUGGCUCCGUCAUGCAGAGUGUUUAAAAGCCUUGGGCUACAUAGAACGUGCUGCAGAGAGCUAUGCUAAAGUGGUCGACCUUGCCCCUCUGCACCUGGAUGCCCGAAUCUCCCUUUCUACCCUUCAGCAGCAGUUGGGCCGGCCUGAGAAAGCCCUGGAGGCGCUUGAGCCCAUGUAUGACCCGGAUACACUGGCCCAGGAUGCUAAUGCUGCUCAGCAAGAAUUAAAAUUGCUGCUUCAUCGUUCAACAUUAUUGUACUCUCAAGGCAACAUGUAUGGCUACGUAGAUUCUUUGCUCACGAUGUUAGCCAUGCUCUUAAAGGUAGCCAUGAACCGAGCUCAAGUGUGUUUAAUAUCCAGUUCCAAAUCUGGAGAAAGGCAUCUCUAUCUUAUUAAAGUGUCGAGGGAUAAAAUAUCUGACAAUGAUGAUCAAGAAACUACAAACUGUGAUGCAAAAGCGAUAUUUGUGGUACUUACAAGUGUGCUGACCAAAGACGACUGGUGGAACCUCCUGUUGAAGGCCAUCUACACUUUGUGUGACCUUUCUCGAUACAAAGAGGCAGAGCUCCUAGUGGACUCCUCAUUGGAAUACUACUCAUUCUAUGAUGACAGGCAGAAGCGGAAAGAGCUGGAGUACUUUGGUCUUUCAGCAGCAAUUUUGGACAAGAAUUUUAGAAAAGCUUACAAUUACAUCAGGAUAAUGGUUAUGGAACAUGUCGGUAAGCCUCAGCUCUGGAAUAUCUUCAACCAAAUCACCAUGCACUCGCAAGAUGUCCGGCACCAUCGCUUCUGUCUUCGGUUAAUGUUGAAGAACCCUGACAGUCACGCACUCUGUGUUUUAAAUGGCCACAAUGCCUUUGUGUCUGGCAGUUUCAAACAUGCUCUUGGACAAUAUGUACAAGCCUUCCGUACUAACCCACAUGAACCACUUUACAGCCUCUGCAUAGGUUUGACUUUCAUCCACAUGGCCUCUCAGAAGUAUGUGCUAAAAAGGCAUGCCCUUAUAGUUCAGGGCUUCUCAUUUCUCCACCGGUACCUGAGCCUUCGUGGUUCUUGUCAAGAAUCUUUCUACAACUUGGGCCGUGGACUUCACCAACUGGGACUAGUACAUCUGGCAAUUCACUACUACCAAAAAGCUUUGGAGCUUCCCCCUUUGGUCUUAGAGGGAAUAGAAGCUGACCAGACAGAUUUGCGAAGAGAUGUUGCCUUCAAUUUGUCACUCAUCUAUCAGAGCAGUGGAAAUAUUAGAAUGGCUCGAAAACUGUUAUAUACAUAUGGAACUGUGUGAAGGGAAAACCAGCACCAGAAAUGAAUAAGCCACCAGAAUGUUGCCUAAUAAGUAACUUUCUUUCAGUGGGAGAGCAGCCUGAGAAGAUGAUGCACUGUGAAUUCAGUGGCACAUAGGUUUUGACAGAGAUUGAUGUAGGAAUUUAUCUUGUGAGUCAAAGCUGAGGCGUUGGGACAUACAGCUGCCUUUGUUGCAUAUGUCAUUGGGUAUUUCUCCUAGUUUGUUGAACAGCACAGUAAAAUGGGUAUCCUUUACUAAGAACAUUCCGGAACAUAUGACAAGAGGAAAUCAAAUAUACAUUCACCCUACCCUGAAUUAGAGGGGUGGCUUGUAGCCUCACUAUUUUUAACUUAUUGAAUGAAAUAAGACAUCUUAGGAGCCAGGCCCCUUCAAAGCACUUAGGGUAUAUGGUAGGUGAGGAAUUUGCUCACAGUAUUGUAUAAAUGGUAAUGGGUGAACUUCAUGCUGUAAAAGAAUCUAGCAUUUAAGGACAAAUUCAGUUGGGAGAGAGCAUGGGUAAUGGAAAUGUGCUAUUACCUAGUAUCAGAAGGCUUCUGCGUGUAGAUUUUGUAUCCUUCAUUGGUAUUGAAGCAAAUGCCUGCCUUCUGGAAUGCUGUGUGUGCAAAAACACUUCCUGGAGUAGAUUCUUUGUAAGCCUAAUACAUUAUUUUUAUAUUGUUUCCAAGUGGAGGGUGGAGUGUUAUGCAUUAACUGUGGUAAUUACCAGCAUUAAACAUCUCUCCUCCCCACCGCCCCCUCUUCUGGAAACCUGGACCUAAGACUAAAAAAUCCCUGUAAAAAUUCUCAUUUGUUUAAUUUAUUUAUUUAAUAUGUUUUAUACUGCCCCAAAACCUAUGUACCUUUAAAUAAAUAAGUGUGUGUGUAUAAAUAUACACACACAUCAGGAACAGCUGCAAGCUGCUCCUGUGCACAUUCUCUGAAGUGAGUCAGGAUGCUGCCCACUGACUUUAACUGAACUUAGUAUCGUAGUAGUAAUGGUUUCCUUUUAAACCUGUCUUGUCACAAGUUCUUUCCUGCUGCCGUAGCCUUCAUACAUACUUAUCAUGUCUCAAGAAAAGAGUUAAUUGACUACCUGAGGCCUGUUUCAGGAAAAGUUGCUUUUAAAAACCUUUGGGAGGUGGUUUGGUUAAUUUUUAAGGUAAUACCAUUUUAAUUUGAAAGAAUGCCAAAUAAUAUAGCUGGAGCCAUAAGUUCAUGCAUUGUAUCUUAAGCAGAGAAAGUGUUUUGCUUACAUUAUUUGAACAACAAAAAAUACAAACAGUCCAGAAAAGCAAAAGUAUAUUUUAAUUUAUUAAUUUUAUUAUUUUGGGGUGGUCCGAAAUGGAGAAAUGAGGUCAGAAAACUAGAGUAAAAGUACAACACAGCUUCGCCCAUGAUUUAUGAUGAAACCAAGUAGCUGGGUGGAAGAUCUUUUAUUUUGGGCACCUUCUAUUGCAGACCCAAGCAAGUGUUUUCCAGCUCUGUAAAUUUAUCAACUGCCACACUAGUUUAAAUGAAUGAUUAUAGAAUGAAUUGAAUUGUUCUCUGGCUUUGAUCCCCCCUCCCCCCACACCUUGUAGUUUCAUUUUCUUACUGAUAAUGACCCAUUAAGAGGAAGGCCCUCCUAAAAAAUCAUGAGCUGUGAAAUGGGGGGAGGGACAGCAGAGGCAACAGAGGAGCUCAGCUUGACUGAUCUAGCACAAAACCGGACUCCUAGCCUUUCAGUAGUUGUGUAGAGGGAAGCAUUUUCAGCAGGUAUUGCAUCUUCUCCUAACAUAACAUUGCAGUGGUGGGAAGAAUUACACUUGCUCAGACACUGGACUUCACCACAGGAGUCCUAGCCCAUUCUGACUAUAGCAACCUUUCGGGCUUAGAAAGAGGGACAUUGUGCAAACCAAGAUGGGGGCUUUUCCUUUCCAUGAAUGGACAGACUGUCAUCCACUGGGCAUUGCAGAGGAAGUCUUCCUGUAGUGGUCUCCUGCAUCCAGAAGUUGCGACUGCAGCUGGGGGCAGACAGUAAGAACACACCAGCCGCCAGCUUUAUACUCUUUGUAGAUCUGUAGUCCAAGAGCCCUAAAGGAAGCAUUUAGAACUAGGGCACACACAUUAUUUAAUAAAACACUUUUCCUGCUUGGAAGAUACCUCUGAAGUCUUUUAAGAGUUGAGUACUUAAUGAAUGAUUAGAGGUUUUCCCUUUUGCCAGUUUGUAUAUAUUUUUAAAAAGGACUUCUCUUCCUCAUUGUAGAGCAUGCCUAGUUCACACAAAGCCUCCUUUGCUACCUGCUUACACUUUGAAAAGGCCCAGCCUUAAGCUCCCUCGAGGUAGCCGUAGGUGCUGGAGACCCUGGCCUGAACAGCACUGUUCACAGGUGCAGGCUCAUCUCUUGCAGCCCGGAACCUCCUGAAGAAAAAGCCCAUCACUUCUUUAACUCAUUUAGGUAUUUCUUGGAGACGAACUUCAGGUGGUGUUUGGUCUCCCAGCGCUUCAGACAUGCUUGGCUGGGGAGCUUCACUGGCUUUUCCUGUUGAUAAGAGGAUAUUUAAUCAAUCAGAGUUGGGACCUCGGAGAAGAUGCAUCAGAAAAUAUGCUUUUGAUCUUGACAGCAGCCCUUACCAGUUGGACUACUGUACUCAUCCCUAUAUUGCAGAUGGGGAACAGAGGCUGAGAGGCCUCAGCUCACCUCCAAGAAUUUGUGGCAGAAAUGAGGUUGGAACAGGGGCGGGUUUUUUUGUUGUUUUUUGGCAUACAGCUCCAUCUCUUAGGCAAACAAAGCCAUGUGGAGGAUCAAGGUAAAAGGCUUGAAGAAUGAACAAGCAAACAAACAGAUUCCUCUAGUCAAAGUGCCAAGUGUUUAACUCAUGGUGUUCUGUGCCUUUGCAAAAUGCAUGGAAGGCGGACAUUCAAAUUGACACUGCUUUCCCAUCACAAUUUCCAUGCUGGCACAAGUUAAAGCAAACACACCCAUACACCCUGCCAUGCAGCUCUAAUAGCUCAGCAAGGAAGUGGCAAGCCUAACUCUUGUGAAUGCUUAAAUUUGCCUUACCACCACCAGCACUACCCUUCUUUAGCACAGGCAUAAGAUAAGGUCAUCAUAGCCAUGACAACUAGUAUGACUACUAGUAGUAGUAUCAAUUUCCCAUGAAACUGAUUGCCAGGAGGUCUAGGACCAACAAACGGAAGUACUUUUUCACACAACGCAUAAUCCACUUGUGGAAUUCUUUGCUAAAAGAUGUGGUGACAGCCAACAACCUGGAUGGCUUUAAGAGGGGUUUGGAUAACUCCAUGGAGGAGACGUAUAUCAUCAACUACUAGCUGGAGGGCUACAGGCCACCUCCAGCCUCAAAGCCAGGAUGCCUCUGUCCUGCUGUCACUCCCCCACAACUGGUACUCAGAGGGCAUGCCUUCAGCUCCUGCCUGUGGUGGUGCACUGCGGGAAACAAGAUGCUGGACUAGAUGGGCCUUCUUGGGCCUGAUCCAGCAGGGCUGUUCUUAUGUUCUUAAGACAUUCUAACUGGUAGCCAUAGUGCCCCUACUAUACUCCUCCUACUCGCCCUGACAAUACAAAGGGCCAACCCAUGAGGAGUUUUGUUCCAUGGCAACUAUUUUAUUAGUGGAAAGUAUUCCCUUACUGACCUCCUUAUCGUCUUGUUCACAAGGAAUCUCCAGUGGCCGUCUUUUUGCCAGCUCAUGCUGUAGAUUUUCAAACUUAGACUUGAACCAACGGUGAGCUUCUUCCAGGUUAGCGGAUAUCUAAGAGGUGGGACAGAGAGUGAUAAGAACAGGGUCCAAAUGAAAGUGCAAUUAUUGGUUGCAAAUGCAGGCAUGUAAGCCCAGUUAACUUCAUUUUCAAGCUCCAGGUGCAUGAACCGGGUCUGGGGCAACUUGGUGACGGAGGGGGUUACCUUUAAGCAGUGGGGAGGGUGCUCUUACCCCCACCCCCAGCUACCCGCCACGUUUCCCCUGCCAAUGCUGUGAUGAAAAUUGCUGGCAUGUGGCACCCCGGUCAGCAUCCUCCUGGAAGUGGCGGGUGCCACCCACUGCCACCAAUUUGCCCGAACACUGGACUUUCCAAACCGGUUUAGCGGUCUGUAAAAGGACCACCAAACUGGUCUGUGCACAUCCCUAUAAAAUAGCAACUGAUGAAGACCCUACUGGCUGCUAGCUCUAAAGGUAAAGUUGUGUUGUCGAGUCAAUGUUGACUCCUGGCACCCACAGAGCCCUGUGGUUGUCUUUGGUAGAAUACAGGAGGAGUUUAUCAUUGCCUCCACCCAUGCAGGAUGAGAUGAGCAUCUUCUUAUAUUGCUGCUGCCCGAUACAGGUAUUUCCCAUAGCCUGGAAAAUAUACCAGCAGGGAUUCAAACCAGCAACCUCUUGCUCCUGAGGCAAGGUUCUCCCCUGCUGUGCCAUUAGGUGGCGCCUUCCAGCUCUAGCCAAUGGUAACCCUUUCACUGUGCUCCCAAGGGAAGGAGGCAGGGAGAGUAAAGAAUCAGAUUGUUGGUUGGCUCUAAGUUGAUGUGUUUCUAUGGAAUUAAUCCUAGUUAUCUGCUGUUUUUAAUCUGGUCUGUGUUUCUUUCUUGUGCCUUUGCUUUACUAUGACCACUGUUUAAUAUACUUAUAUACUGCAUUUUAACCAAAGUUUCUCAAAGCAGCUUGCAUAGAAAAUGCCCCCAAACUGAGAUCUCCACAAAACAGUGGCUUUUAAAAAUUUUACUCUGUGUUUAUGACAGAAGCUCAUACAUGUAUCAUUUACAUUUUGUCUGUUUUUAUAAAUUUGCAAUGAAAUAACAUACCCAACUUAUUUCACUUUUUGUGAAGGGUUACAGACUACAAAACUGAGAAUGAAGCAUUCCCUCCUCCUCCACUAAAAAGAUAUGAUUUUGUGGUUUAUUCUUAUAUAUUUGCAUCAAAAUAAAAUUUUGCAAAACAGAUAACGGAGAA